UUUCCCACACAAACACACCCACAUCCUCCUCCAUGCAGCCUCUCUUCUCUCCUCAACUCAGUCCUAACACGCAGCGGGCAGUCUGCUCCGUCUGGAUACUGGAGCUGCUCAAACUUGGAACAUUUAUUCCCCCUUCUUCUCACAAUGUAUCUGGAAUAUCGUCCGCGCGUUUGAUCUUCUAUCGGAGAAACUCAAACUUCUCGCCUCCUGGAGACAGUUAAGAGAACUUUAUUUCAGAGGCAGAAGACAUGAGCCUGGUGGAUGUGAGGCUGGUGCCGGGGUCUCUGACCCUGCCCCUGACCAGCAACGACUCCGGGGAGCGGCACCUCGGCCGCGUCGACGAGACUGACCCAGAGCACCUCCGUGGCAGGAACAUGUCGCCCGACCUGAGGCAGGACUUCAACAUGAUGGAGCAGAAGAAGAGGGUAACCCAGAUCCUGCGGAGUCCGGUGUUUAAGGAUGAGCUGGAGGGCCUGAUUCAGGACCAGGUGACCAAGGGCAACAAUACGUCGGGUCUCCUGGCGCUGAGACAGAUAGCCGACCUGAUCAUGGCCAGCGCGGUGGGAGGGGCCGGACCCUUGACGUCACCCGUCACCUUAGGGAUGGUGACUCCAGUCAACGACUUGUACGGCAUUGAGUCCCCCUCCUUUGCCAAAGGGGAGAAACAGAGUCGCUGCAGGCUGGCCAGCCUCUACAGGCUUGUUGACCUGUUCAGCUGGGAUCGGUUUACAAGCAGCUACAAUACUGUGCGUGUCAAUAAGGAGCAGGACCACGUUCUUGUCAGCCCGCGAGGUUUGUCAUUCGCUGAAGUCACGGCAGCAAAUUUGGUGAAAGUGAACAUAAUUGGUGACGUUGUGGAGCAGGGUUCUACUGAAUUAGCCAUUGAUCGUUUUGGAUUCGCUCCGCAUGCUGCCAUUUACUCAGUGCGUCCUGAUGUGAGAUGUAUCAUCCACAUACAUACCCCUGCCACAGCUGCUGUGUCCUCGAUGAAAUGUGGAAUCCUGCCCAUUUCCCAGGAGGCUUUGCUUCUGGGAGACGUGAGCUCCUUCGGUUUCCAUGGCAGCCUGGAUAAUAAAGAGGAGAUGGUGGAGUUUCAGAAAGCUCUGGGCCGAACUGCCAAGGUAAUGAUCCUCAGUAACCAUGGACUGUUGGCUUUGGGAGAAACCGUCGAAGAAGCUUUUCACUACGUGUACCACUCGCAGCAAGCCUGUGAGAUCCAGGUAAAUGCUUUGAGGUGUUCGGGGGGCGUGCACAACCUGCUGCUCCUGGACAGGGUGAAGUUUAAACCGCUUACCCAGGGAGUGGCCGCCGCCGGGGUGCUGGUGGACAGCCAGCUCAAGUGGAAAGUGGGCGAGGCAGAGUUCGAGUCCCUCAUGAGGAUGCUGGACAACCUGGGAUACAGGACGGGCCACACUUACAGGAACCCCAUUAUCCGUGAAAAACCCCGGUCUAAGAACGACGUGGAAAUCCCUGCCACGGUGUCGGCCGUGUCACCGGAGGACAGUGAGAUGGGCCUGCGCAGCCCCUUCAAGUUUAUGGCGCAGAAACAGCAGAGAGAGAGAACCCGGUGGCUCACCUCACCCAACAGCUACUUGAAGGUCAAUGUCCCUGAACAGUCACCCAGCGGAGACGUCAGCCCCAGGACUAAAAUCAUGUGGAUGAAGUCAACAGAACCAGGAAACAGUCUUGGCACCCCGAUAAAGAUCGAAGACCCCAACCAGUUUGUCCCACUCAACACCAAUCCUACUGAGGUUCUGGAUAAGAGGAACCGGAUAAAAGAACAACACAGAGGUGACCAGAUGACUGCAGGACCGAAAUCUCAGUUACUAGCAGGAAUAGUGGUGGACACCAUACCAGGACCAGCUUUCAUAUAUGAAGACGAGGAGCAGACCCGCUCACUUCCCCCCAACCCCUUCAGUCAUCUCACAGAGAAGGCGCUGGAAGAGUACAAGAACAUGGUAGAACAAAGGAAGCAAGGCCAAGAAGAGGAUGAUGAUGCGACUGAUGCUGAUGAGAUGACCACAUUUGAUGGCUCCACUAUCUCCCUCUCCCUCUCUCCCUUAAUGACCCCAGCUAAACAAGACACAAUACCCAAUGGGAAGGACCACUUGGCAGAGACGGAGGAGGAGGAUCUGAGCAUCGAAGUAUCCAAGCUGAGCCUGAGCACUUCGGAAACGGUGGAAAUCUCCAUAACAACAAAGGAAAAGCCUGGGGAUCCUCAGACCCCGGAGAGCCAGACCAAGUCCCCCAAGAAAAAGAAGAACAAGUUCCGCACACCUUCUUUCCUGAGAAAGAGCAAGAAGAAGAAAGAAGAGAAAGAAAACACAGAAGGUUGAGGUUCAUGUGAAGGAAACGUUUAAAUUGCCUUCCUUAGUUUGGCUCUGUCCAAGGAAAGUGAAGUAAAUUGGUAGGAAACUCUGCCAGGACUGCUUUUUUUUUUUUUUUAAUAGAUCCAACAAAUUCCACUGAUUCCCAUCUUAUUAUUUCAAGUUCUUUCAAAAUGUGCGGUAAAAUUGAUUUUUUUUUCUUAGCAUUUGUGAUUGACCACUUAGAUAUGAUUACGCCGAAAAGAGCUCAAAGGUGAAUGCAACACUGCAUUUCUGUGGUUACUACCCAUAUUUUUCAUGGGGUUUAAAUAUGGUAUUACGUGAAAAAAAAAGUCUUGUUUCAUACAAACAUACAUCAAUUUAAACCUCUGAAAUAUUAUUAUUUCUUUUUCCUUUUUGCACAAGUUAAUGAAUGUAUGCUGACAGCUAGAGAUAACGUUUAAUAAUCGUUUAAUGACAAUAUAAAAGAUGAACAGUCUUUAGGAAUUGAGAAACUGUAGCUGAACAUGUCGAGAUUAAACCAUGUUUAGCUUUAUGAAAAAGUAUGAUUUGUAUCUGAAUUUAACCAUAGCUAUACUUACUAGUAAUAAUAUAUGUUGGUUUAUAUUACAGGUAUAACAAUAUAGUGUUUGAUAGUUACAUAAAUGAUUUGAUAGUCAUGACAUUUUUACAUAUUUACAUACUGAGUCUUACACUUAGACUGCUGUGAUUAAUAAUAUAGUAAUAAUUCAUGUUUUCUUGUUUGUGGUGUUCCCACGGUUGCUGCUCGAUUGUAAUUGUGACAAGGAAUUUGACUGUGAUUAACAGGAAGAGCCCAGCAAAGUGUUUAUGAGUGACAAAGUUGGACUUUUAUUAAAUACUACUUCUUUGGAUGUUGACAAUGAAAGUGCCAAGUCUGAAUCACAGGAAGUUGAAUGUGAUGGAUGUUUUGAUCAGUUUUGCUCAAAUUGUCAGUGAAGGCAGCGCGCUGUGGAAAGCUAAUCCUCUUAACCACUGUUAAGAGUUUGACAUGGAGUAUUACUAAAUGUAUUUACAUCCCAGUCAACAAUGUGAAUGAUUUGUUCGAACCCAAAGGGAGUGAAAUUUUUGUAAAUAGUUUUUGUGAAAUUCUUUUCUUAUGCUAAUCCAAAUAUUAAUGAAAAUUCCUGAUGUGACAGUACAAUCUAAGAAUGUUUUAACACUCCUUGUAUCAUAAUGUUUUUUUUUACUCGCACUAAUUAAGCUCUACAUUUACUGAACUUGCAGAUAUGUUUACAAGUUGUAUUAAACAUGUAAUUUCUGUACCUAGUGCUCGUAUUCCCCCUGUUGUUUACAUGCUAUUUUACGCCUGUUUUCAUUUGUUUUGUUUUGUUCACCUUAUGUAAUAAAAGGUUGCGCCGCGUCCCGUAACUGCUGUAGUGCUCUCUGGCAUACCCGCUGUGUCAAGUUAUGUUUUCUAUCAUUACUUAUGAGAAAAAGUCUUAUUUUAUGCAUCUAGAACUGAAAUUUCAAAGAUGACACCUCCACUCUGAUGACAAAGGAAAAUGUAAUGGAUCAGUCGAAGAAGACAAAAUUACACCUCCUGU